AGUAAAUCAAGAUCCUUUUACAUCAUGAUCAGAACAUUAGUCUGCUCGUAUUCAUAAUCAAGCCUUAUAUUUAAGGCUUCCUAUUUUACACAAUUAUGAUGUUUUAUUUUAUCUUUGUUAUUCACUGAAUAUUAAGGAAGUAUAAAAUGAAACAUCAUGCACACAUUGCAUAAAAUGGAACGCAUCUUCUAAAAAUGGUUGUAAGGCAAUAUCAAGAGGAACUUAAAUAUUUGGAGAAAAUAAAUGAAUGUUGUUGGAGAAUCAAGAAAGGCUUUCAACCUAACAUGAAGGUUGAAGGAGUGUUUUAUGUAAAUAAUACAUUGGAGCGAUUAAUGUUUGAUGAGUUGCGCAAUGCAUGUCGGCCAGGUGCAGUUGGAGGCUUUCUUCCUGGGAUGAAACAGAUUGCUAAUGUGGCUGCUUUACCUGGUAUUGUAUGGAGGUCUGUCGGAUUACCAGAUGUACACUCUGGCUAUGGCUUUGCUAUUGGUAAUAUGGCAGCAUUUGAUAUGGAUGAUCCAAAAUCAAUUGUAUCACCUGGUGGUGUAGGCUUUGAUAUUAAUUGUGGUGUUCGUUUAUUACGAACAAAUUUAUUCGAGAGAGACGUCUUACCAGUAAAAGAACAACUUGCGCAAAGUAUGUUUGAUCACAUUCCAGUUGGUGUUGGAUCUAAAGGAAUUAUACCAAUGAAUGCACGGGAUUUAGAGGAAGCGUUAGAAAUGGGAAUGGAUUGGUCUUUGAGAGAAGGUUACAUUUGGGCUGAAGAUAAAGAACAUUGUGAAGAAUAUGGAAGAAUGCUUAACGCUGAUCCAUCAAAAGUGUCAAUGAGAGCUAAGAAACGCGGACUUCCUCAAUUAGGUACAUUAGGAGCUGGAAACCAUUACGCAGAGAUUCAAGUAGUAGAUGAAAUAUAUGAUAAAUGGGCUGCAUAUAAAAUGGGUAUUGAAGAAAAAGGACAAAUUUGUGUUAUGAUUCAUUCGGGAAGCAGAGGAUUUGGUCAUCAAGUUGCUACAGAUGCACUUGUACAAAUGGAAAAAGCUAUGAAACGUGACAAUAUUGAAACCAAUGACAGGCAACUUGCAUGUGCUCAUAUUAAAUCUCAAGAAGGUCAAGAUUAUUUGAAAGCAAUGGCAGCUGCUGCUAAUUUUGCUUGGGUUAAUAGAAGUUCUAUGACAUUCCUUAGCCGACAGGCAUUUGCAAAACAAUUCAACUCGUCUCCCGAUGAUUUAGAUAUGCAUGUUAUUUAUGAUGUGUCUCAUAAUAUUGCCAAAAUAGAAGAACAUAUAGUUGAAGGAAAACAAAAGACACUUUUAGUUCAUAGAAAGGGAUCAACAAGAGCCUUUCCACCGCACCAUCCUUUGAUUCCUGUAGAUUAUCAGUUAACAGGUCAACCAGUUUUAAUCGGGGGUACAAUGGGUACAUGCAGUUAUGUUUUGACUGGGACAGAACAGGGUAUGAAAGAAACAUUUGGAUCAACAUGUCAUGGUGCCGGCCGUGCUCUUUCAAGAGCAAAGUCACGUAGAAACUUGGAUUACAUGCAAGUUUUGGAAAAAUUAGAACAAUUAGGUAUAUCUAUUCGAGUUGCUUCACCAAAAUUGGUCAUGGAAGAAGCACCGGAAUCCUAUAAGAAUGUAACAGACGUUGUUAAUACUUGUCACGCAGCUGGAAUUUCCAAGAAAUGCAUCAAACUGCGGCCAAUCGCGGUUAUUAAAGGAUAA